CAUCGGACGGUCUUUCCCAUCGCUGGCUAGUCGGGCGCGCGAGGGUUCGGCGAGCUUCCUGCUGCUUUUGGCCAAUCAGCGGAGCGGAAAGGACCGGAACGGCGCGGAGAGACUCUUAGACUCCUGGCCGGGACAACGGCGAGCAGAGACGAAAAGUGAACUUUGUCCUGAGAAGAAGCAACCAACAUUCCUGAAAAUGGAAAAAGAAGCAUCUGUUGAAGCUCAAAAGUCUGCCCAAGAAACCAUCAUCAGAGAAGAGACCAUUACUCAAAGAAAAUGGGUGAAGCUUGACCAAACCACUUACGUUGAUCCAACCGGUCAAACAAGAAUAUGGGAAUCGGUGAAACGUACUACCAGGAGAGAAGGGGUUUCUGCUGAUGGUGUGGCAGUUAUUCCCGUGCUGCAGCGAACUCUCCACUAUGAUUGCAUUGUCCUAGUGAAACAAUUUAGGCCUCCCUUAGGAGCCUAUUGCUUGGAAUUCCCUGCAGGCCUGAUUGAUAGCAACGAAAACCCCGAGACCGCUGCUUUACGGGAACUGGAAGAAGAAACGGGCUAUAAAGGGGACAUCCUUGAAUGUUCUCCAGCGUUAUGCUUAGAUCCCGGGUUGACAAACUGUGCGUCACACAUUGCAACCGUCACCAUCAACGGAGACCUACCUGUCAAUCUGAAGCCAAAACAAAAGCCUGAGGAAGGAGAGUUUGUGGAAGUCGUUACGCUACCAAAGAACGAUUUAAUGCAGAGAAUUGAAGAACUGGUGGCCGAGGAACACCUGAUCGUGGAUGCCAAGCUGUACGCUUACGCGCUCGCCCUGCGGCACGCGACAGACCAGCCCUUCCAGGUUCCCUUCAUGAAGUUCUAGAACUCAAAGUUCUAGAGACCUUCAAGAAAUGUUGCUCUGAAUAAUAUAAGCGAGCAGUUUCCUGCAUAAUUUUUUUUACCUAAUUCAAGUUCACUGGAAUAGUUGGCGGAAAAAUAAAAGGCUUCUUACUCUCUU